CAGCCCUUCUGCUGCCGCUGGGCUCUCAAAUUUGGAGACGCCUCCGUUCAAAAACCAAACAUGUUUUGGCAGUGGCUGUGGAUUUGUUUGUUUGUUUGUUUGUUUUUGCCAUGCUGAGAGACCUGCACAGAGCCACGGCAUCGCGAGCAGUUCCUUGGCUUGGCCAAGCCUCUCAGGGACUCUCUCUGCUCGGCGCUGUGGGAGAUGCCAGCACGGGGCUUUCCAGCUAGCCGAUCUCUGCUCGGCAGUGGCGCCGAAGCCCUGCUUAGCGACAGGGCCCCAGGGUGGGGGUGGGGGAUUUUUCCUCUCCCUGCCGCCCCCCCUGAUUUCCAUAUCUCUUAUUUUUGGAUCCUGUUAUCUGGAUGCCUCUCCCUCUGAAGCUUGCCGCCUCGUCCCCGCUCUCGUGUGGGCUGGUGGUCCCUCGGAGCCAGGUUCCUUCCCCCGCGCGGCAAAGCCUCGCGCCGCCGCUGAGAGUGGGGCGAGGAGGGGGGGCGAGCGGAGAGAUUGAGAAGCUGCAGUCCGGGGGAACCAGAGCUAAAUUAUGCCCCCCCCCCCAAAAAAAAAACCAAAACCUCCCCCCAAAAAUGCAACCUCGGUACACGAGGUGAAAAUAGCUCGGGAGCCCCACGCCCCUGCAGCACGCUGCUAGAAAUACAUCUGCUUAUGAGAGAGGUGAGUAAAACCACAAGGAGCCGGGCCACGAGGCGGGCGGCUGUGGCCGGGCAGGAAUGCCGCCUUCCCGGCCGUUGCUGCGCUGCCCCGGUGCUCGGAUGGCUCUUUUUAUCCCCUAUUUUGUGGGGUGCUAUUUGUGUCUUCCCCGGGGAGAGGUUCCCCCCCCUGUAAUUAUCAGUCGAUUUAACUCAUGGUCUAAGCUGUCGUUUGCAGCCGCCCAGUACGUAACGCUCGGCGAACGACUCCGUUGGCUCUACAGCGUCGCGCCUCAGACGGUCCCGGAGCCCCCAGCGGUAGCAGCCGUCUCCUCUUCGACGUGGGCCGGCCCGUGCCGCCGACCGCCAAGAUGUCCCUCUCGCACACGGCCGCUGAGUACAUGCUCUCCGACGCGCUGCUGCCGGAUCCCGACGGCUCCCGGGCCAAGGGCCUGCGCCUGGAGCUGCCGAGCGACCGCGUGCUCAAGUUCGUCACCGUGGGGCUGCCGCUCUUCCUCGUCUCGCUGGCGUUCGCCCGCGAGUUCUCCGCGGGCUCGCAGAUCAGCUGCUUCUCCCCCUCCAACUUCACGGGGAAGCAGGCUGCCUACGUCGACACGGCCUGCUGGGAAUCGCUCGUCCAUCACAGCUUCGACACCGAGGGACAUGCCGUCGCCAAGUCCCUCUGGGCUCUCAAGGUCUUCCCCUACUCGCUGCUCGUCGUUGCGGUGCUCAUGUACCUGCCCUACCUGCUGUGGCGCUACGCGGCCAUCCCUGCGCUCCACUCCGACCUCCUCUUCAUCAUCGACGAGCUGGACAAGUCCUACAACCGCUCUGUGCGCCUGGUGCAGCACAUGAGGAAGGUCCAGCAGGCCAGCGCCGAGCCCGAGCGCUUCUGGGAGGAGUACGAGAGGGCCCGUGAGGAGAGAUACUUUGAGUUCCCGUUGCUCGAGCGCUACCUCACCUGCAAACAGCGCUCCCACUCCCUGGUGUUCAUCUACCUGCUGAGGAACCUGCUGCUGCUCUUGUUCUUGGCUGCCACUUGUCUCUACCUGGUCUUCCUCCACCUCAACAUCUUCUUCCAGGAUGAAUUCAGCUGCUCCAUCAAAACGGGGCUGCUCCAGGCCGAGGCCCAUGUGCCCCCGCUCAUCCCCUGCAAGCUGGCCUUUUUCUCCAUCUUCCAGCUCAUCAGCUUCUCCGUCGGCAGCGUCUAUGUCCUCCUCGUGCCCGUCGUCAUCUACAACGCCUUGCAGCUCUGCCAGUGGGACAAGGGGCUGCUCUCCGUCUACGAGAUGCUGCCCGCCUUCGACCUCCUCAGCCGCAAGAUGCUCACCUGCCCCAUCAACGACCUCAACGUCAUCCUGCUCUUCCUGCGGGCCAACAUCUCCGAGCUGACGUCCUUCAGCCGCCUCAACGCCGUGAGCGCCCUGCGGGAAGCCACCUCCAACAAGCAGGACAUCGAUACCGUCAUCGACUUCAUGACACUGCUGGCUGGGCUGGAGACCACCAAGCCGAAACACCAGGCUUGCGCCCCGGAGGUCGACCGCACCACACUGCACUCCAACGGCGAGGCCCUGGAGAUGAAACCCAGGGCAGAAGCCAAGGAAAAAGCCGCCAGGGACUCGCUCGGCUCCGCCUGACUCCGGCGACCUGCGGUGGCCAAGCGCAACCCAAGCUCCGUGCGGCCCGUUUGGGAUCCGGUUUGCCCCCUUUCCCCGGUGCUGGCGUCGCUUGAACGCAUUAAACUCGGGUGGUGUCUGUAACGCAUGGCUCCGGUGACGGCACCCAGCGUCGCUGCUGGGUCUUGAGAUCUUUCUUUACGUACAGAGUUAAAGGGAUGGAGGUUUGAGCCCUUCAUCUCUGGCAAAAAAGCAUUUUUUUUUUUUAAAUCACCUUUCUGUGCAGAAACUCUCAGCUGUCUCAGUCAGAGCGUUGGGUGCCGCAGAGCGCCCGAUUUCAUAAAACCGGGGGGAACGGGGGCUAAGGGGCCACGUGGGAACAGCCCAGCCCUGGAAGGAAAAGGCCUGAAGAAUUACACAAACCUUUAUUAAACGAGAUUUCCUGCGCCUACGGCACUCGCUACGCUAACGAAGCACCUUGCCCCGUGCGAAUCGCUGCCC